AUGGCAACGCAAAGAGUUCUACAAGCGUAUGAUAUCCUCGAGCUCAUCUUCCUUUCGAUCCGAGAUGGUACCCGCAAAGGUGACCUGGCUCGUGCCGCACGGGUUUGUAAAGCAUUCUUUCUGCCAGCAGUGAAGCUGCUCUGGGAGCGGAUGUAUGACCUCCUGCCUCUCUUCAAGAUCUUUGAGGGGUUGCAUCCGACUGAGGGAGGCUUCUCUCAUAGGAAAGAGCUCGCAUAUUGUUUCUGUAGGCCCAUCUCUCCGCAAGAAUGGACACGAUACAAACUAUAUUCCCAAUGCAUCAAAUCUGCUUUCUUUUCUCGCCAGAAGUGGACUAUCCAUCCAUCUGCGCUGGAGUAUAUGAGCAAGACGAAUGGUGGAGCCCCUCUUCUACCCGCUGUUCAGCAUUUUGAAUGGGAGCAGAUAUCACCACUGGACUUCAGCAUGAACAAAUUCACCUCAUCGAUGAUGCGGGUGUUCGCAUUCAAGUACCUCGGAGAAGAGCUAUCACAUGGAUCCAGUAUGACCACGGACAACGCAAUGGAGUUCCACAUGAAGCUGCUAUUUGAUGACCUCUCUGUCAAAGCCCAUUCUCUGGAGGAGAUCACAAUAUAUGGAAUCGACCAGCUCUCCUCCUUGCUCUCAUUCUCUAUUUGUAACAGAUUACGCAAGGUCCAUCUCACUAUUGAAUCUACACUCGAUCCAGCCGUGUUGACAAUGUUCGCUUCAUUCAAAUCCCUCACACAGCUUACCUGGGUGGUUUCAAUAUGGGUCACUCAACGUCUUUCGUACACUUGGUUGCUUUGA